GUUAUAAAGUAAUAAAAUAACAGACGUUUAUUAUCAAUAAAAGAUACUUCCCGUUUCUAUCUUUGACGUAAAGCUCAUUUUUUCUUCCAACGAGUCCAACGAGUGGCAAGUUUGGAAAGAGUUAUAUUUUGAUGAGCGUUGGUCUCAAAGUUCUAACCAUGAAACUUUUAAGGCAUGUCUUCGUAUUGGCUAUUCUCUUUUUCGUGACUGUAACCUCUUUACCCCGUUUUGAUCUAGAUUACUAUAAUAUGGAAGAAAGAGAUGAAUCUUUGGUUUGCGAUGAAAAUAACUUGUUUGAAAAAAGAGAAGAGCAAUGUCAAGGCCCAGUCGCCCUCCACUAUGUAAUUCCUUUGAGAACGUGGGAGGGGUUAAUGAAGAUUGAUGACAUCUCGGAAACAGGAAGACACCUUCAUGUUCAGGCCUUGUUAACUACCCAGAAAGUGUUGGAUAACCACGUCCAGGCUCCUAUGACGUCACGUGACCUCGAGCAUGGACAGUACCUCCUAUAAACGAAGCCACGGCACGCCGCACACUACGUCACUAAAGUCGUCCUUAUGUACAGAAAGCAUGGUUGCCACAUGAAACCACUUAUCGCUGUUAUUCCUUUAAGAGGAGAGAAAAUGAAAAGUAGUUUUUAUUUCCUUGCAUAAGGCUUACUAUAUCGUUUGGUUUUAAAUAUAUAUAUAUAUAUGUGUGUGUGUGUGCAAAUAUAUAUAUUCCGAUUUGAUUUCAUCGACUGCAUUUUCUAAUUUCAAAUACCUAACCUUACUUUCCUUAUAUAUUUUU